AUGCAUUGCAGAGACUGUCCCAAUGGCGAUGGAAAUGGCAGACAUUGGAUCAUCAGAUCGUCAAGACAAUCACAAGGACAAUCUGUUUCCCAACUACAAUAUUUCCACUUCUCUAUUUGCUGUCUUUGCUUCUACAAGCUAUCUGGUAGAAAUAGUGAUGCUAGGGUGGUCCUGAAUAAGAAAAUGUGGAAAAAUGGCGAAAAACGAGGGACAAAUGGA